AUGUCCGAUAUAUCUCCUCCGUUAUCACAAGGCGUGGGGUAUGGAGUCGUGAUUGGUGUUGGGUUGGCAUUUGCAACAGGAAUGAUGCUUGUCACCAAGGCCUUGAAAAGUACAGUUGGCGAAGAUAAUUCGAAUGCUGAAACAUUCAUUGUCGCCAACCGGAGAGUCGGCACAGGUUUAGUUGCCUCGGCAGUUGUAUCCUCCUGGCUUUGGAGCACUGCGUUGUUAAGUGCCGUUCUGGUGGCCUAUCAAUAUGGUAUAAGUGGUCCCUUUUGGUAUGGUGCUGGAUGCUCGCCUAUGAUUGUCUGCUUUGCGUAUCUCGGCACUGUCUGCAAAAAGCGCGUGCCCAGCGCGCACACUGUUCUGGAAAUUAUAAAGAUGCGAUAUGGCACUGUCGCUCACUUAAGCUUCACAUUUUUGGCUGUCGUGAAUAAUCUCUUCAACACCAUCAACAUGAUUUUGGGUGCCUCGGUUGCUAUUACAUAUUUAACUGGAAUGCACAUUAUGGCAUCCACAUUCUUGCUGCCCGUUGGUGUGGUUAUUUACACACUCACAGGAGGCAUAAAAGCAACAUUUUUAACUGAUUACAUACAUACUUUCAUUAUUUUGAUUUUAUGUUGCUAUCUAACCACAAAAGCGUUGACCAACGUGGAGGUUGAUUCGAUUGGGGGUUUGUAUGAUCUCGUUGUUGCAGCUCAGCCAAAUCAUCUCGUCGACGGAAAUUAUCAAGGCUCGCUUUUUACCAUGACAUCUCAACAAGGAAUUUUCUUUGGGAUUAUUCUUUUGGUGUCAAACUUUGGAGCUGUCAUUAUGGACACCGGAUACUUCACUAAGGCAUUUGCUGCAUGCCCAGAGGGUGUCGUUCCUGGAUACGUCAUUGGUGGUUUAUCUUAUUUCAGUAUCCCUUGGGCUCUUGGAACAAUUAUGGGGAUGGUUGCCUUGGGGUUGGAAAAUACGAAAGUGUUCCCAACAUAUCCUAGACCCAUGACUAGUACUGAGGUCACGAAUGGGCUAGCUUUGCCUUACGCGGCUAUCGCGGUAGCGGGCAAAGGUGGUGCAGUGGCUACUCUCCUAAUGACAUUCAUGGCUGUUACAUCCACAUUAUCAGCACAAGUCAUUGCUGUCUCUUCGAUUGUGGCCUUUGAUGGCUAUCGCACUUACUUCAACAAGAACGCAACCAAUCAACAGGUAAUCUUCUGGAGUCGGGUGAGUGUGAUUCUAUUCGGCCUUGUCGCAGCAGGCCUCACUGCAUUAUUCCACUAUGUUGGUAUUGAUAUGGGCUGGACGCUUUAUAUGAUUGGAGUGAUAACGUGUCCUGGAAUCUUCCCUCUGAUACUGUCAAUUCUUUGGAGAAAGCAAAGCCGAAUCGCGGUCAUUGCAUCGGCAUAUCUCGGACUAGCCACAGGCCUCACUGUCUGGCUUGGAACUGCCCAUCGUUUCUAUGGUGCUGUUACAGUCUCUUCCACUGGGCAGACAUUGCCAUGCAUGUAUGGCACUGUGGUAUCUGCACUUAGCCCGCUGCUAUACUCCGUAUUAAUCACAUUAAUUGCGCCGGACGACUUCGAUUGGAAAUCAAUGAGCAAUAUCAGCCUGACUAUCCAUCCUCAGAAUGAAAUUACUGAGAUUACUAAAGAUGAGAAUGAAGUGGGUCAGGAUUCCGAAGCAAGUCAAAAGAGAUGGUCACGAUACGCGUUGAUUUGGGCCAUUGCUACUUUCUUCGGCCACUGGGUUCUCUGGCCACUCCCGAUGUAUGCUGCUAAGUUUGUGUUUAGUAGAGGAUUCUUCAUCGCCUGGGUUGUGGUCGCCGAAGUUUGGCUCUGGAUCACUUUGUUGACAGUGGGAUUAUUUCCUCUGUGGGAUGGACGCCAUCGGAUUCUUCUUAUCACACGGAAACUUGUUCAUGGACGCCUGGAAAAUCUAUAA